AAUUUUUUGCGUAGACAAAAACUGUUAUAAACCAUGUACACUUCAUAUUUGUUAACAACUAUUAUAAAUUUUAUUUUAAUUCAAAAUUUGUUAGCAUUUAGUAGUUAAAUUUAGCACUGUAGUGAUGUAAACGUUUUACUGUUGAAGAUUAGAUAUUGUGGAAUGUGUACACUAUGUGUGUGUAGAUAGAUACAAGAAAAUGCGUUAUUUAAACAAAAUCUAACAGGAGGUUUCUCAUACAUAUCGUGAUUGUGAGAAGGGAUAUGUAUUUCGUGACAGUGAUUCCUGACAUCGCUUCUACUAAGCUUACAAAUUAAAGCCACUAGGUUAUUUAAUUGUGGAAAGUGCAAAUUGAAUAAUAUUAAGUAAAUAAUCAAUUAUACUUUCAAGAAAUUUGAGAGGUUAUAGUACAAACCCAUGUAUUUACUUCGCAUCAGGAACAUAAUCUCUAGUCAAUCUUUAGUCAUUUUAGAACAGACUUCUGACCAGGCAAUUUUAUUUGAAAUUUUGAAGAAGACAAAUGGCAGGAUAUGAAGACACUUACAUUGUUUGGAUAGAUACAGAGUUAACAGGUUUGGAUAUAGAAAAAGAUACUAUUUUGGAAAUUGCUUGUUUAAUAACAAACAAAGAUCUAAACAUAAUUAGCAAAGAAUUUAAUGUUAUAAUUAAUCAGUCGGAUGAAACAUUGAACACUAUGAAUGAAUGGUGCAUAAAACAUCAUGCGGAAACAGGAUUGACAAAUGAUUCAAGAUUAAGCAAAAUUAGCUUAAAGGAAGCUGAAAAAAUGUUACUUGAUUUUUUAAAGACAUAUAUCCUAAAAGGAGUUUGUCCAUUGGCUGGCAAUACAAUCUACAUGGAUCGUAUGUUUUUAAACAAACACAUGCCCUUAAUCAAUGCUUAUUUACAUUAUAGAAUCAUUGAUGUAAGCACGAUUAAAGAACUUGCCAGGAGAUGGUGCCCUGCAACUUACCAAAAUGUGCCUAACAAACAACAAUGCCACAGAGCUUUGGCAGAUAUACGAGAAAGUAUACAAGAACUAAAAUAUUAUAAGGAGCAUAUAUUUACUAGGAGCUUUAUUUUCUCACUCUAAUCUUAAAUGAAUUGAAUCAGUUAGUAAAAAAAUAUUUGAUGGCCAGUUGCAAGAAUCAUGUUUUCAAUCUAUUUUAUUUACUGAUUUACUAUAUUCCGUUUAAGUCAGGAAAAUAUUAGAAGAUCUUAGGUAUGAAUUAAAAUGACCAUUGCAUAUCAAUGCUGUUUUAUGAUUGUAUAAGACUUAGGUUUCAAGUGAAACAUAAUGCAUUUUACAUUAGUUACGAAUAUUUCAUAUGUAAUGAUACAUAACACAUCACAAUUUGUUGCAUAAUUAUUUUUACAAACUGUACUUAAAAAAUAAUGCGUUAUUAAAUGUUAUAUAUUAAAUA